UUCGCACUAGAGGUAAGCACUUACCCAACUUGGAAAGCUUACUCUUCCUCUGGAACCCAUUCUAAUAAUGCGAUUUUUCCAGCUAGAAUCUCCAGCCUAACUCUAGCAAAAGGUGUGAAUUUUGGAAAGAAGCGUGAUAGUCCCGAAUGCCAAGUUCGAACCAACUAUGGACUGAUCGAAGGUCGACGAUAUACGGCUAAAGAUGGUUUCAAGAUGGAUGCUUUCCUGGGUGUACCGUAUGCUCAACCUCCUGUGGGAGAGUUAAGGUUUAAGGUAAGCUACGCUACCCUAACCGGGUAAAU